CACACUCAUAAUGCAUGUCUUCAACCACAUUGAUGGUGUGCAGGCACCUGCAUGUGUGUGUAAGUCAUGUGGUGAGGUAUUGCCCACUGAUGACCGCUUGAAAAAACAUUUGAGAAUGAGUGAGGGUGACCAAGCAUUAUCUGCUGCCAACAGUGGGAUAUUUGACUGCAGUGAUGGCCAUGAAAACAAUAUCUCCUUGGAGAGUGUACAAGAAGGAAGCAUGGAACAGACCGAGAAGCAGUCUUCAUCCAAGGAAAGUAGGAAAACUUCCAAGAAAUCCUUUAAUGACAUACGUGAUACACAUACUCUGACACAAGCUGCCAAGAAACCCGAAAGAUGUAAUGAUGAUCGAAUUUUAUCUACAGGUGAUAAUGUCAAUGUCCACAGCGUGCUAAGUGCAAAGAGGUGUCACAGAUGUGAUGUUUGUGAUAAAUUGUUUACUUUAAGUGCUCUUAGGAGACAGCAAUUGAUACACACUGGUAAGCGACCCCACAAAUGCGAUGUUUGCGGCAAAUCUUUUACACGCUCGAAUUAUCUUAUGAGGCAUGAGUUAAUACACACUGGAAGGAGACCCUACAAAUGCAGUGUUUGUGGAAAAUCGUUUACUCAAUUGGGCAAACUGAAGAGACACAAAUUAAUACAGACUGGAAAGAUACCCUAUAAAUGUAGUGUUUGUGAAAAACCGUUUACUAAAUCGGGCAAUCUGAAGAAACAUGAAUUAAUACACACUGGAGAGAGACCAUAUAAACGUAAUGUUUGUGAAAAAUCGUUUACUCAAUUGGGCAAUCUGAAGAGACAUGUAUUAAUACACACUGGAGAGCGACCAUAUAAAUGUGGUGUUUGUGAAAAAUCGUUUACUGAAUUGGGCAAUCGGAAGAGACACGAAUUAAUACACACAGGAAAGGGACCCCAUAAAUGUAAUACUUGCGGUAAAUCCUUUAGUGGAGUGUCUAAUCUCAAGACCCACGUCUUCAUACACAGUGGAGAGAGACCCUACAAAUGUAGUGUAUGUGGAAAAUCAUUUACUCAGUCAGGCAAUCUGAAGACACACCAAACCAUACACACAGGAAACAGACCCUACAAAUGUGAUACUUGUGGCAAGUCUUUUAAUGCGAAGUCUUAUCUCAGGACCCACGUCUUGAUCCACACUGGAGAGAGACCCUACAAAUGUAGUGUAUGUGGAAAAUCGUUUAAUCACUCGGGCAAUCUGAAGACACAUGAAACCAUACACACAGGAAAGAGACCCUACAAAUGUGAUACUUGUGGCAAGUUUUUUAAUGCGAAGUCUUAUCUCAGGACCCAUGUCUUGAUCCACACUGGAGAGAGACCCUACAAAUGUAGUGUAUGUGGAAAAUCCUUUACUCAACCAAGCCAUCUGAAGGUACAUCAAUUAGUACACAUUGAACAGUGAAUACAUAAAUGCAAUGUGUGCGACAAAUCUUUUUCACAUCUGGGUCAUCUAGAGAGACAAAGAUUAAUACACUCAGGGACGAGUCCCCGCAAAUGUGAUACUUCUGGAAAGUGUUUUACUUACAUGGGUAAUCUCAAGAAACCCCCAAUAGUACACACUUGCGAACGACCGUAUAAAUGCAGUACUAGUGGAAAAUAGUUUAACCAAUCGAGUAAUUUCUAGACACAAGAAUUACUUCACAAUAAAAUAGGUUACACAGAUAUAUUUGUGGGAAAUCUUCUACUUAGGUUGACCAUCUUGAGAAGCAUGCUAUAAUACACACUUAGUAGAGGCUAUUCAAAGCAUUGUCGAGGUUUAUAGUAUUACACGUGUGUUACGAAAAUUGUUUGCAUCUGCUAGAGAGAGGUCAUAAAAAUUGGCGAAUCCGUUUCUGCUGCUUGAUGUUUCAAGAAGAUGCAUACUAAAUACUACAUAUGAAUCACAUGGUUGCGAUUUUUUUGUGAUAAAUGCUCCAUGCCUUAAUGAACUGGCUACCAGAAAUUUGUCAUUGAGAAUACCUUUUACUCGUUUGGGUAGGAGUUCCAAGUGGUAAUAAGGACUCCAUCUUCACCAUGUGAAUGGAACAGUGGCAAUUUUUUGAAAGAUACUGUGAAUUCAAGAUUCAUGAAGCUGUAUGCACUAGCCAGGUGACAGCGAAAUGUUCUUAUUAUACAUUCUUCACUCAGACUAUUUAUCUGAGCAAUGGUGAAAGAUACAAAAAUCUCCUGAUUAUGCACAUAUUUUACUGAGGUAUGCUUCCUUAAUAGUUGCUAUUUGUGUAGUUAAUAAUCUGCACACAUGCGACUUCUCCAUUAGGAAAUAACUGAUGGUGGCGAGCAUGCAGUGAUAAUCCAAAAUUUUCAAUUGUCUGCCUAGUAGCCUUUUGAUUCACCUUCAGAAUGCAAUACAAAAGCUCUUCUGCAUGUAGUGCAUUGGUCUACAUGUCUACACAUAGCUCACACAGUAGCCAUAAAUUGUAGGCUGUUGAUCUGUUGCUGUGUAGACAGUGUGCAAUAGCAUCCCAUAUUCAUUCCAUCAUGAUCAAAUGGGUUGAACAAGGUGGGCAAGACAAGUGAGAUAUAUCAUGCUGCUCAAACCAUUGUAGUGUGAUUAUGGACCUGUGACUUGGACAGUUAUCCAGCUGCAAGAUGAUGCCACUGUCAGGGAAGUGAUAAAGAGGUUGCAAUAAUGUUUGUAUUGUCCACAGCUGUCAUGAUGCUUUUCCUUGUAUCUCAUAUGAAUAUACCCCAUAGCAUGACAUUGCCUUCAUCUUCCUGCCUCUGUUGUGUGGUACAUGUUUUGAAUAACCAUUCAUCUGGGUAAUGGCAUAUCUGGACACUACAAUUGACCUGGUCGAACAAGAAAUGUCACUUAUCCCCACAUGUGACACAUCUUUAUAGGUAUGCAGUCCAAUCUCAAUUAUCGCAUUUCCACUGCUGCCAUAACUGACAAUUUUGUUAGAUCAACAUGGGAAUACAGAGGGGUUAUGUAACUUGGGGCCUCAUGCUCAACAAUGUCUGCAGAAUUGCUUGAGUCUUGAGCAUGCUCAAGCAUUAUCUCCUUUCUUCAGACUGUCAUCGACACCACUUUCCAGAGCAGCUAGGCUCUGAUCUCCCAUUCUCUAGGUAAAUCACAAGGAUCCUACACCUUUUUGUCAACUUGUGGUUUCACCAUCUUUCAACGAUGUUCCAUAGAGGCUAACAAUAGGAGCACAUGAGCAGCCAACCAGAUUCGGUGUUAGUGAGAUUCAAUUACCCAGGCACCAGGCAAAACCAUCUGCUCUUUGGCAAAGUUAUUUGUCUGUUGUUUGUCACAUACUGUCACUAGAAUGAUCACCCAUUCACAUCUGCUUAUACAGUUUCAUUACUGUGUAAUGAAUGCCACUGGGCAGCAUACAGCUGUCUUAUGGAAGUUGAUAUAAUGAUUUGGAUCAACAGUGUAUAUUCACGCAAAAGGGUCAUUUGGUAAAUUGUGUAGUCAUUCAAAUUUUCAUGCUUUGUUAAAUUUUAUAUCAAUACACUACUGGCAGUUUGAGCUGUAUUUCUUGUGAAAUAUUUUUGUGUAGUACAAAGCACUGUACAUAAAUCUGAGUUCAUGAAGAGUAGUUAUAUGCAUGAAGUCUUUAAUUAUUUGUCUGUUUUUAAUCGUCAUGUAACUGCUGAACUAACAUACGUGGGAAAACUAUAUCAGAUUAUAAUUACAAUUGUAUAAAACACAAGGACAAUUGAAACAGCACAAAGUGUGAUUACUAGAAUAUAAAUUUAAUCCAAAUGCAUAAUUUUUAUUGUAAUAAGU